AUGGCUUUGAUAACAGUGCACUGCGUUGGUUUCAUAGUUAUCUCAGUGAGCGGCAGCAUGUGUUCGGAGGGCAGCGCCGCCCGCGCCAGGGAACAGCCCGCGAUGGCUUGUUCCGUGGUGCUCGAGCGCCUCUGCGGCGACGCGACUGUUCACAGUGGAGGCAAACCAUACUACUGCGAGCACUGUGGCAAGCAUUUCAUGAACAAAUCAAAUUUACGAGAACACAUUCAACACACGCAUUCAUUGCCCGGACGAAAACCAUUUGCCUGUGAUUUUUGUAGUUCGACGUUUCAAACCGAAUCGCUUUUGAUAGAACACGAGAAAAGCGAACAUGGUGUUACAAAUUUUAUGUGUGCUGAAUGUGAGUAUACACUAAGCUCCAAGAAAACUUUGGAGACUCAUUUAAAGAGUCACUCUUUGGAGAAUAAUUUCAAUUGUAGUCACUGUAGUUACACAAGUUCGUGUAAAAGUGAUUUACACAAACACAAAACAACAAACAUUGAUGGAAUACCUUUUAAGUGUAGCGACUGUGAUUUUAAAUGCAGUAAUGAAUCAAACCUGCGACGUCACCAGAAGACGCACAACCGGAGGCACCAGAGAAUACUCACUAGAAAAAAACCUUACAAAUGUAGUCAUUGCGACUACAAGUGCAGUCUUAGUUCUAAUUUACGAAGACACGAAGGGACACAUACUGGGGCGAAGCCUUUUCAGUGUAGCUACUGUGAUUACAAAUGCAGUCAGAAGUCAAACUUACAAAAACACCAAAGGAUACACACUGGAGAAAAGCCUUACAAAUGUAGUCAUUGCAACUACAAGUGCAGUCAAAUUUCAACCUUACAAAGACAUGAAAGGACACAUACUGGAGAAAAGCCUUACAAAUGUAGUCAUUGCAACUACAAGUGCAGUCAAAUUUCAACCUUACGAAAUCAUGAAAGGACACAUACUGGCGAGAAGCCAUAUCAGUGUAGCAACUGUGAUUACAAAUGCAGUCAGAAAUCAGACUUACAAAUACACCAAAGAAUACACACUGGAGAAAAGCCUUACAAAUGUAGUCAUUGCGAUUACAAGUGCAGUAAAAUCUCAAACUUACGAAGUCAUGAAAGGAAACAUACUGGCGAGAAGCCUCUUCAGUGUAAGCACUGA